AUGGCCAUGCGAGUCAUGCGAGCAGCCAUGCUUUGCGCCGCAGUCGGCCUGCUGGGCCUCCGCGCCGCCUUUACGGCCCCGCGUGCCAGCCCGGCCCCGGAUGCCUGGCCGAGGAGCUCGGGGAUUUCGAGCUCGGAGUCCUCGGAGUCCGCGACCGGUGCUUGGGACUCUGACGCCUCCGCUGCCUCCGCUUUCGGCGACAGUCUGCUGCGCUUUGCGGCCGGCGCUCUGCUCGGCCUGGCGCUGGUCUCCUUCCCCGUGGCACCUGCAAAGGCGGAUGUGGAGGAUGUGGUGAUCCCCGUGGAUGACAAGGGCAAGACCACCACCCUGACGAAGGAGCAGCUGGUGCGUGGUAAGCGUCUCUUCAAUGCUGCCUGUGCCUCCUGCCACGUGGGUGGUGGCACCCGAACCAACCAGAACGUGGGUCUUGCCAUCGAGGAGCUGUCAGGUGCACAGCCCAACCGUGCAAGUGUCGAGGGGCUCGUGGACUACCUGAACAACCCCACCACCUAUGAUGGAUUGAAGGACAUCUCGGAAGUGCACCCUUCCAUCAAGGGCGGCGACAUCUGGCCGAAGAUGCGAUCCAUGAAGCAGCAGGACCUGUAUGACAUGUCCGCCUACAUUCUCUACCAGAAUCAGACCAUCCCAGAGAAGUGGGGCGGCGGAAAGACCUACUACUGA